AUGAAGAUCUUCAACAGCAUCACUCGACGCGUCCGCCCCCUCAUCUCUCCGUCAGCUUUUCACCGUACACACUACACGGGCUCCCUACUCUUCAACCUUGCAUCAUUCAUUCUCCCCGCUCUCUAUGGCACACUGUCCAAACUAUGGGUCGCUAAUAUUGACUCGUCAAUGGUUGUAUUGACCGAUGCGUAUACAUACAUGAACACAGCUUCCGAGGCUGUGAAUGAAGGAUUACCUCGGGCUGCUUGGGUCAUCAUUGGCGAUAAAGCAUCGAGGUCGCUGGCAAAACGACUGCAGUUGACGCAUACUUUGAUUGCAUUUCAGACAGCCAUCGGUUUGCUUCUCAGCAUUAUCUUCUUAGGCGCUGCGUCUUCUUUCUCAAAGAGUUUCGUUCCAGUUGAAGUCAGAGAUGUGAGCCUGACUUAUGUACGCAUCACUUCAUUCACUGUCUUGGCUGGGACGUUGGAGACAGCCGUUUCGACGUCGACGAGAGCUUUGGAUAAGCCUGAUAUUCCCCUGGCCAUCAGCACCGUCAAGUUUGCUGUCAACAUCAUUCUCGAUUUUCUCAUCAUCUCCCGCUUCCAUGUCGGUUCCUUCACACCCACUGCCAACAUGCAAGGCACCAUACAGCUAGUCUGCAAUCUCGUUGCCGCUUUCGCCGGCCUUGUUUAUUUCUUAUGGUCCAAUACGUGGUCUUUUGUCAAGCACACACCACAUGAUCCCCAAGACACAAGACUACGGCCAAGUUUUGAGUGUCUCAAGGUGCUUCUGCGCCCUGGGAUCAUAUUCUUCACCGAGUCAGCUGUUCGGAAUGCGUUAUAUCUAUGGCUCGUCAGCACCAUCGUUGCCCUCGGCGCCGUGUAUGCUACCGCUUGGGGCGUCUUCAACACCAUACGCUGGGGUCUUAUCAUGGUACCCGUGCAAGCGCUGGAGGCCACCGCGCUACAGUUCAUCGGACACAACUGGGGAGAUUGGAGGAGACGUGUUGACAUCAGCACACGAAAACCCCGUGCCUCACUGAAAGACUUGCAGUGUAUCGUACAGCCAGCACUGCGGUCUUUGACAUUUGCAAUCAUCUUUGAAGUCCCGAUAGCAAUCUUCCUGACUCUCUUCGGCGCCAAGCCCUUUGCGUUAUACAUCAGCGGCUCAGACGAGGUAGCUGAAGUGACAGCAUACAUGUGGCGGAGUCUCGAUUGGUGUUAUGUCUUUUACGCCAUGUCCACACAGCUUGCCACGAUCCUUCUCGCGACGCGUCCGAAGUGGUAUCUUUACCAGAGUCUCGCGAGCAAUCUGCUUUAUGUGCUACCAUGGGCUAUCUUUGCACUAUGGGAAGACCAAGUUGGAGACUUUCAGAGAGUGAGAGCGCCUAGCUUGGAUGAUAUGGCUGUGAGUGUAUACUCUGUUCUACAAACUGGAAUCACCAGAGACGAAACUUGGAGCAAUUUGCUGAAACUUGGCUGCGUGAGCAUUGGGGUCCUUGUUCCUCAUGUCGCUAACCCACAGCUACCGAGCUACCCAGAAUCCCUCUCAGUCUCCACCUGGAGAUGA